AAAUAAUGUCAUAUUCACAUUUUUAUAAAUGGACCUUUUUCAUUCUUUUAGUUGUUAUUAUACUUAGUAACAUCUUGGAUAUGAUAGAUAAAGUAGCAAUAGUAGAUAAGGCUACUCCAAAGGACCAUGUCAGUUUAAGUUCUGACAAUGUUUUAGAUGAAGCUAUGGAACUCAGAGUCAAUGUGGUCGCCAAAGCUUUAGCUAAUAGCAGGUAUAAAAUAUAUGCAUUCCAGAGCUGGGAGAGAGCUCAUACCCAAAACCAUAUAACUAAAGCUCGAAGAGUUGAAUCAGAAAAAUACAUUGUAUAUAGAUGUAGAGGUACCUGUGGAGGACUAGGGGAUCGUUUACAAGGGAUACAUAGUACUUUUCUGCUAGCAAUAGCUCUGAGACGGAAAUUUAGAAUCGAUUUUCAGUUUCCGUGUGACUUGUACAGUGUACUUGGAGAGAAUUAUGAGCCUUGGCAUGAACCAGAUACACCAACAGGUGAUACCAGAAUUCUCUCUGCGAUUGAUUACUAUGAGAACUGUGGUGAUAUCAUAUUUGCUGAACCUACUAGAGAAUAUAGUGAUGACUAUACAAUGAUAAGUGAACAAAAAAGUGCAGAAAUGAGCUUCAAUGAAAAAUACCCUGAACAGGUAGUUAUUAUAAGCACAAAUCAAAUGUGGACACAAACGUUUUACAAAGACCCACGAUACCACAAAGCACUCACUGAUCUUGGCUUUAAUAUGAACUAUUUUACUGAUGGGACUAUUUUCAGAGAGACUUAUAACCACCUGUUUAAACUACAGCCAAACAUGCAAAGAGCCCUUGCUACAUUUAUGGCUAGAGCAAGACCAAAUAAGGAUAUCCAGCUAGUCUGUGCUCAAAUAAGAAUGGGGCAUAAUCCAUCAGUACCCCAAGAUGAAACUAAACGAAACAAAAAAGAAUGGUUACCAUUACUUUGGGAUUUUCUAUCAUUAUAUAACAUUUCUCGUAAAUACAAACUUUUUGUCACGACAGAUUCUCAAGAAGUACGAGAGCAGUCACAACGAUUAUUUCCUGAUGUGUUACACGACACAGAGGGACGUAUUACUCAUAUUGAUCGCUAUGACAACCAAAGUGAAGCAUGUAAAGGCAUGGAAAAAACUAUUUUAGAUUUUACGAUUCUCAGCAAAUGUGAUAUCUUAGUUGUUAGCAGGAGCAACUUUGGGACAUAUUCCGCAAAGUUAAGGUCUCCUUUAGCGAAGUUGUAUACAUUUCAAGAAGGAGUUAUCCAUGAAGGAUUCUAUUAUGAUCGUAGUGGAAAAGUAUUUGAUCGGGACACUAAAACAUUUAGAUAUAAUUGUUCUAUGGCUGAGUGUCCUCCAAUAGCUGAUACUCGGUGCAGGGAGUAGACUCUUGUCCUAUGAGGAUAGAAAUAUGAAGAAUAUGGCGUAAAACAUGCCACAGAAAUAUAAAGAAUAUAAAAACAUGGCACUGCAGAGUUCAAUGCCUUUAUCGAAGUAUUAUGACUCAAUUGAGCACAAAUCAUGACUCUAAAAUGUUACAGUUUAAUAAAUUAUUUAUUAAUAUUGCGUGAUUCCUACCCUAUGAACGAAGAUAGAAAUAUGAAGAAUAUGGGGUAGGCCUAAUGCAUGCUGAAGGAUUCAAUGGCCUUAUUGAGAUAUUAUGGCUAUACUGAGGACAAAUGGUUUCUCUCAUUCUUAAACCAAGGCCUUCUCUGCUUUGCAAAGAAGGAAACUGAUAGAAGGCUGUCAUCUAUCAUGAUGGGUUUCUCUAAUGUCUGUCAUAUAAUACAUGUCAUAUGCCUGUCAUACAAUACAUGUCAUAUUCCUGUCAUAUAAUACAUG